GAUGUUCGGGGGGGGACGAUGAGGACGGGGACUUCCUGUCUCCCGCAGGAGGGGCCAAAUUGGCCUCCCUGUUUGGACUAGACCAGGAAGGCAGUCAGGGAAAUGAGUCCUUCCAGUACACGGCACCGAAGCAGCCGAAAAAGAGCUUCACUUCUGCAGCCUCCCAGAAAGCUUCUCUUCCCCCCGGAGCUCCUGCAGUGUUAUUGGCCACAGCAGUCCAGGCCUUCAGAUAUAUUAACGGACAGUAUGUGAAGCAGGGGAAGCUGGGAGCAGCUGUGCUGGGCAACCACUCAACAAAAGAGGUCGGAGGUCUGCUAAUUGGUCACUUGUUUCAGAUUAUUGAUGUGACUUUUGAUUUUUACAAAAAGUGCACCUCUUUUUUUCUGCAGUACAAGCUGCUUCUGUACUUGAGCCAACAGAAACAAGUGGCGGCGGCCAAGAUUCAUUUGGGCUUUGUUUUCACGGUACAGCCAAACAAUUACUGCACUUUUUAUGAUGAGCAGAGGCAGAACUGGUCCCUGAUGUUUGAAUCGGAGAAAGCUUCAUCAGACUUCUGCAAAGAGGUGUGUUUGGCGAAAGCAAACAGCGUCGUCCCCCUGGAGGCCGUGGUGGUCCAGGAUCUGAGUCUGGGUGAAGGCCAGGCCGUGGAGAAUGGAGACUCUCUGGAGGUGGUGUACACAGGCUGGCUGCUUCAGAACCACACCAUCGGAGAGAUGUUUGACACCAACCAGAAUAAGGACAAGUCGCUACGCCUGAAAAUUGGAGCUGGAAAAGUGAUCAAAGGCUGGGAGGAGGGGAUGGUGGGGCUGAAGAAGGCAGGCCGUCGUCUCGUGGUGGUCCCCCCCGACCAGGCCUACGGAGCCAAAGGAGUUCCCAACCGCGUCCCCGCUAACAGCACUCUGAUUUUUGAAGUGGAGCUUCGACGGGUGAAGUUUUCCAAGGACAAUGGGUCUGUUAGUUCCAAUGCCAGCACCAGAGGCUCUGCUGCCCCCUCCCCAGUUCCUUCCCCAGCCCCCAGUGGGGAGAAUGUGGCCCUAGAGCCCCCCCCACAGACCACAGCCUCCGGUCCAGGCAGACCAGGGGAGCCACCACUUCGUGCAAAGUCAAACUCUCUGAGUGAACAGCUGGCAAAUCCAGACGCCACAAAAGCAAAACUGAUCUCUCGCAUGGCGAAGAUGGGCCAGCCUAUGCUGCCCUUUCUGACGGGGGGGGCCAGCCAGCCCGAGUCCAGUGAUUCUGAGCUGGAGGACACCAGUGGCAGCAGAGAGAGGGAGCAGCCUGCUGCUCCGUCUCCACUGCAGAUCUCCGCCUCUGCUCCAGCAGCUGCUCCUGCACUACAUCCUCACACCGCUCCACCUUCUGCCUUACUUCCUUUUAUGAGCACUGCUGCCCCACAGCCCGGACUGACAGGCAGCAGCCAUGCCUUUCAGCCUUACUCUUACACACAGAGCUCUGGGGCUCCAUCCCAGCUGCAGCCUGUGGGCCAGGUGUAUCCUGCACAACCUGUUCCAUACAUGGGCUCCAGUGAUGUCACUUCCUUCUUGAUGACUGAGGCCCGACAACACAACACAGAGAUCCGAUUAUCUGUCGGAAAAGUAGCAGAUAAAGUGGAUCAACUGGCCUCAAAGAUAGAUGACCUUCAAAGGCAUGGAAGUCUUUCUGUGGCUGUUCCUAGUUUGUCUAUGGAAACCUCCAUGAUCAUGCACAACAUCCAAAGAAUAGUCCAGGAAAAUGAAUGUUUAAAAAAAGAAGUCUUUGAUAAAAGCUCUCGUAUUGAGGAGCAGAACCGUAAGAUUGGGGAGCUCAUCAACCAGAACCAGAGGUACAUGGAGCAGAGUCACUUGGUCAUGGAGCAGAGGAACGACUCCCUCAAGUCCUCCAGCGAGCAGAACCAGGCCCGACUGCUGCAGGCGGAGCAGGACAAGGUGCGUCUGACGGAGGAUCUGACUGCCUCCACGGCCCAGAUGUCUCAGCUGCAGCUGGAAGCCGCAGCUCAGCAGCAGAAGGCGGCGGAGCUGCAGAACAAACUGAUCUCAGCUCUGCAGGACAGCGAGAGGCACUGCCAUUGCAUCGCUGCCAUGGAAACACAGCUGGAAGAGCUGAAGGAGGCAGCAGAGAGGGCCCAGGCUCAGUACCGCUCAGAGAAGCAAAGACGUAAAGAGAUGGAGCUGAGAGUCAACAACAUGGAGGAGGAAGUGCAGGACCUGAAGACUGAUAAAGACAGCCUGGAACGAACACUCUCUGAAAGGAGGCAGAAGUGGCAGGCUGAGCGUCAGCGUCGGGACGAGGAGGUGGAGGAGCUCCGGAAGAACAGCCAGCUGGAGCAGGACAAUCUGAGAGCUCUGCUGCGCAAGGCCAGGAGCAGCACCGACACCGCUGCAGCAGAGCAGCUAUGUCAGCAGCAGGUGGAGCUGGAGGAGCAGUGGAGGGGGAGGUGUGAGCAGAUGAUGGCCGGUGGCAGAGAGCAGCACAGCAGAGAGCUGGCUGAGGUCUGCGAGCAGAGAGACGCUCUGCAGGACAGGCUCACCCAGCUGCAGGACAAGUUCACGGCUGUGAAGCAGUCAAGAAAUGUAGAAGAACAGACUUUGCUCCAACACCGCGGGCAGACUGAGGAGCUGCAGGCCCUGCAGGGGAGAUACACAACCUUGGAGCAGCAAGCAGUGUCUGUGAGGGAGGCUCUGGAAAGAAGAGUAGCUGAACUGGAGCAGCAAGGCUCUGAGCAGCAGGCUUCUGGGGACUCUUCAGCAGAGGUGAAGCGCGUGAUGAACGGAGUGUUUCACUCUCUGAGAGGACAGUUUGACCUCAGUGAGUCUUACAGUGGCCAGGCUGUGCUGGGGGUGAUCGUCACUACUAUCAAGAAUGUGACCCUGCAGCUGCUCACUGGCACAGACAGAUCUUCACUGGGACAGGAAGAGGAGGAAUGUGAUGUGAAACAGAGACAGGAGACAGUGCAGAAUAUACAUGUGAAUGGCGACAGAGAAGUCCAAGAGAAAGAACUUGAAGCCGAAUCAGAUUCUCAGCAAGUGAGUGAGAGCCAGACGGAUGAGGACGUGGCAGCAGAGACGGAGACACUUCCUGAGUCAGAGACAGUAAGCCUGGCCACUGAUCUCAGCCCCCUUUCUACCACUGAACCCAAACUGCAUGAAACGGCAGAGUGUGAAGUGGAGCAGGAAAUCUCCUCAGAGCAAAAAGAAACCUUUGAGUCUGCAGACCCACAUAAUAUACCUGAAGAGAGUCCAGCAGCUGAGCACAGACAGGAACCUGUGUCAGAGGGGACUCACAGCAGUGAGGGGGGCAAAGAGAGUGAAGGAGAAAUGCAGGACGGCUCCCAGAAAGCCUUUGGCCCCCCUGCCAACCCUCCCCCACCUCCCAAUGCACUACCAGACAGCUCAGGAGAGGAGCCCAGUCUGACUGAGGGAAUGGGAGAGGAACAUGGAGAAGAACCAUUUUUCCAGAUCACAACUCCUGCCAAACCCCCCGCAGCACCCAGCGAGGAGGAAGAGGAGGAUGAGAUGAGCUUGAAGGGGCACCCCCCCCCUGCCCCUCUCUUUGGUGACGAUGACGAGGAUAAUGAUCUGGACUGGCUGAACUGAGAUGGUUCAGAAUAAACACCUGCCUUUUGAUUUUCAAAGCUUAAUGCAGACACAAGGUGCUUCAGCGCUGUCUCUGCCAGAGGAGCAGUGAAGACGACUGCUGAAGGGACGGGGGGUCACACAGCCUGAGUGACAGCUGCUGCCUCAGCUACAAUCUCAGCCUCUGCCUUUGUUUGAAAUAAGAACCCUGCAAUUCACAGAAGAAAUCAUUUUCCAUAAUUAUGUGAUAUCUGUUGGUAAAGUAAUAGCACAUUUUUACAUGUUAUGUAGCAGAUUAGUGUUGUAAAUCGGAAGAUAUCCUAUUGUUUUAAUUUUUAGCUUGCUGCUUUAAGAAUAACACUUUUACACGUUUUUUUCUAAACUGAAAUUCAUUCCAGAAAAUAAAUGGAAAACGUGGCCUUCACUUGGCGUGUUGUUGUGCGUGCCAAA